UCUGCUGUGAUCUGCGCCCCGGUUUUGUGCUGGCCAGUUCUGCGGCUGCGCUACCCGGCCCACCACGAUGGCCACACCUUCGGGGGGGGGGUGACCAGUUUAGAUAACCACGCCCCUCCACGCGGUCUUGGGCCUUUUCGCGGGUUUGUGGGUGUUGUAGUCUGCGUGUGCGCGACCCAAAACCCCGGCUGUUGGCUGAAUCAGGUAGAGUAUCGUCUUUGGUUACCAGGUCCCAUGAGGACCUGGGCAGCAUGGUGCCUACUGGCCAAGAGGCAGAAGAGCCCAGGCAGGACCAGGAACUCCAGUCGUGGCGAUACCUAGUGUUCUAUCUCUGCUUCUUCGGCUUUAUGGCACAGUUGCGGCCUGGGGAGAGCUUCAUCACACCCUACCUCCUGGACCGCAAUUUCACGGAGAAGCAGGUGACCAAUGAGAUUAUCCCUGUUCUGCCCUACUCCCACCUGGCCGUGCUGGUGCCAAUCUUCCUUCUUACCGACUACCUGCGAUACAAGCCAAUCCUGGUCCUGCAGUGCCUGAGCUUUGUGUGCGUGUGGCUGCUGCUGCUGCUGGGCGACUCCGUAAUCCACAUGCAACUCAUGGAAGUCUUCUACAGCAUCACUAUGGCCGCCCGCAUCGCCUACUCCUCCUACAUCUUCUCCCUGGUGUGCCCCUCCCGCUACCAGCACAUGGCCAGCUACUCACGGGCCUCGGUGCUGCUGGGAGUCUUCAUCAGCUCUGUGCUGGGCCAGCUGCUGGUCACCCUGCAAGAAAUGUGCUUCGAAACGCUCAACUACAUCUCCCUGGGCUUCAUUGUUUUCAGCCUGGGCCUCUCCCUCUUCCUAAAGCGUCCUAAGCGUAGCCUCUUUUUCAACCGCAGUGCACUUGCGCGUGGAGCCUUGCCCUGUGAGCUGGACCAGAUGCAUCCGGGCCCUGGCCAACCAGAGCCCGGGAAACUAGAGCGUGCGCUGCGCACUUGCAGGGACUCCUUCCUGGUGCGCAUGCUAAGCGAACUGGUGGAAAACGCUCGGCAACCACAGCUGCGCCUCUGGUGCCUCUGGUGGGUCUUCAACUCUGCUGGCUACUACCUGAUCACCUACUACGUGCACGUCCUGUGGAGAGAAAUUGACUCUAAGGUCAAAUACAAUGGCGCCAUAGAUGCUGCUUCCACACUGCUGAGCGCCAUCACGUCCUUCUCUGCGGGCUUCGUGAAGAUCCGCUGGGCUCUGUGGUCAAAGCUGGUCAUCGCAAGUGUUAUAGCCACCCAGGCUGGGCUGGUUUUCUCUAUGUUCUCAGUGAAGACCAUCUGGCCAUGCUACGUGUCCUUCGUGCUUUUCCGUGGGGCCUAUCAGUUCCUUGUGCCCAUUGCCACUUUUCAGAUUGCAUCUUCCCUGUCUAAAGAGCUCUGUGCAUUGGUCUUCGGGAUCAACACAUUCCUUGCCACUGCGCUCAAGACUUCCAUCACACUUGUGGUCUCUGACAAGCGGGGUCUGAGCCUCCAAGUUCACUCACAAUUCUUCAUCUACUUCAUGUACUUUGUGUUGCUGUCCAUCAUCUGCUUUGCCGGGGCUGGACUGGAUGGCUUGAAGUAUUACCGGCAAGGUCGCCACCAGCCCCUGCCCCUGGCCCAGGAGCUGAGGAGUCCCUUAGAGAAUUCCGUGCAGGUGCCGAGCGUGCAGGAUGGAGGCUCAAAGGGACCGCAGCCCUCAGCAUCACUGCUGCUCUCAGAGGAUGGCAAGGAGGACAGCGUGGCAGUCUUGAGACUCGAAGCCAAGGCCUGACCCAGCUUGACCAGCCUAGCUUCGUCCCAGGUCAGCAGGCAGAUUCCUGACUCAGAGGCAGCCCCUCCUAUGUGCACUCCAAUCCUGAACAAGCCUAGGCCAGAUGCUGCAGACAAGACUCCCAGUCUAUACAGCCUUGAGUCCCAGUGCCCAAGACGUGUGGAGCACCUUCAGCUGCCUUUUAGGAA